CCCGUGCACCACGCCUCGGGCCCCUCCCCUGUCAUUUCCUGGCUCCUUUCCGACGGGUUUGGGGGCCGGCCGUAGCUGAGGCCGCAGCCGCAGCCGUAGCCGAAGCCGAACUCGGAGCGGCGGCGGCGGCGGCGGCGGCAGCGGCGGCGGCGGCGACAGCGACAGAGAGAGCGCUAGCGCCUCUGGACAUGGCGUCCCCGUCCAGGAGGCUGCAGACCAAGCCGGUCAUUACGUGCCUGAAGAGCGUGCUGCUCACCUACACCUUCAUCUUUUGGUUCACCGGUGUGAUCCUCCUCACUGUCGGUAUAUGGGGCAAGAUUAGCCUGGAGGUGUAUUUCUCUCUCUUAAAUGAGAAGGCCACCAAUAUCCCUUUUGUGCUUAUCACCACCGGAGCUGUCAUUAUCGUCUUGGGCACCUUCGGCUGUUUUGCCACCUGCAGGGCUUCAGCUUGGAUGCUCAAAUCGUAUGCUAUGUUUCUGGCCCUUAUUUUCUUGGUGGAGUUGGUGGCUGCUGUUGUCGGAUUCGUUUUUAGACAUGAGAUUAAGAACAGCUUUAAGAUGAAUUAUGAGAUUUCCUUGAAUCAGUACAAUGAUACAGCCAAUCAGAGAAGCGAGGCAGUGGAUACUAUCCAGAAAACUCUGCACUGCUGUGGUGUCCAGAGUGCUGUGGACUGGGAAAACACCGCGUACUAUGAGGAGAAAGGUUUUCCUCGGAGCUGCUGCAGGUUUCACAGCUGUACUUGGGCUGAUAGGAAGGAUUUGAAGAAGCAGAAUCAGGAGGGCUGUUUUCUAAAAGUAAUAACUGUCAUGCAAUCGGAAAUGGGUGUGGUGGCAGGCAUUUCUUUUGGAGUUGCUUGUUUCCAGUUGAUUGGCAUAUUUCUGGCCUUCUGUCUCUCGCGUUCCAUCACCAAUAACCAAUAUGAGAUUGUGUAAACUGGUGGUUGACAGCUCCGUGCCUCUCCGAUUAAGCUUUAGGACACUAUUUCUCAGCUCCCUUCCUUGGAAAAGGCUUCACGACCUUCAAUAUGCAAAAGCUGAAAAGUUGUAUGAACAGACUGAUCCAAUGAAGACCUGGCGCUUCUGAGUUUUCCACCACUUGCCUCCCCCAACUCCGUUUCUUGAGGCUGGGGGACCAUUAAAAGUCGUGUUAAGCUAACAUAGUGUAUAAUGUGGGUAGUGGCUGUGUGCCUUUUGGCCUGUGGCUUGUCUUGCUUUCUCUGUGUCUCUUUCCCAUAGGCCGGCCUCCUGUUGUCCCUUGGUGCGACCGACCUUGAGGUCGUCAGAAUACAUAACCCUCCUUCUCUUUGGUGCCAUACGAUCUUCUGUGGCUUGGGAGGGUGAACCCUGUGCCCAGCAGAGCUUAUCUCGUCUGACUGCGUUUCCCAGCAGGCUGUUGUUGGGCAUGGAGCCCCUGGGGCACGGCCUGGUGCUGGCUGCAGGUGGACACCUCCGUCGUCUUAGCUGCCAAGUGGUGCUUUUGGAUCUCUGACCCAGCCUCCUCACAGUAAAGACACUCAUGUUCUGUGCUUGACCAGGGCUCCCUGGGCUGCCCGUUCUCUUUCCCUUCUCUCCUAAAGCAAGGUGUUGUAUCCGUUUUGUAGGUUUCUUCUCCCUUUUCUUUCUUAGAAAGGCCUGACUUCAUUGUGUAUUAUGCUGUAGUGAUUUGUUUUCCCCUGAGGGACUUGUAGAAUAGUGGUUGUUCCCAGUAGCCUUAGCUGCUAGUAUUUCCCAACCAGGUUGGCAUGACUUAAUUGUCAGUAUUAUGUGCUCUUUUGCCUUGUAUUCUUGUGUGAUGAUUUCUGUUUCAGGCCAAUAAAUAGAACUUUCCUGUCUGAAUAUUCAAUAAAUAGUUGACUCUUGUCCUCAAAGAUA